UAACAUGAAUAGAAUCGCCAGUGUGAUGAAAGAUGAAAACCACAUCGAAAUAAAUUCCGUUACUUCAAUCUUCCCACUGAAAUGUAUUUUUGCUAGGAACUGAGUUCUCGUGAAAGAUGGACGAAAACACCAAGAAAGAAAUAAUUUCGUGCAUUGAAGAGUCUAUGUUAGAAAGUUUGUCAGACUUGAAGAUCGAUUUUACUGGCACCAACGAGAAGGGUGAAGGUUAUGCAGCUGACUUUGUUUUUGCCACAGUUAGUGGCAAGGGUGAAAACAAGGAGUACAAAGAAGUAUACUUGGCCAUUAAAUUCGGUAAGAGGAGCAAAGAGCUCAGAGCAGUGAUAUUAGAUUGCUACAGAAGGGAAGCAUUUUUCUACGACAAAGUACUUUCCACGUUUCGCGAUUUCCAAAUGAAAAGGAACAUUGUGAAUUCAUUUUCCGCUUUUCCCAAGUGCUACAAAAUAUGGUUUUCGGACUCCUUGGAGGCAUUGGUACUGGAAAAUUUGAAGAGGAACGGAUUCGCAUUGCACGACAAAAGUCAACCGAUGAACUUCCAGCAUAUAUACCUUGUUUUGAGAAGUUACGCAAAAUUCCACGCCUUAUCGUUUGCGCUACGGGAUCAGCAAGUAGAAAAAUUCAACGAAUUAACUGCUGAUUACGAUUCGAUUCUCAAGAAAAUGAUACUAGGACCAGGUGCCUUGGAAAACCAUUAUAGGGCAUCAUGUGAUUUGAGAGAAGCUGGAAGGACUGAUUUGGCGAUGAAAUGUGAGGAAAUAGAAAACAACAGGAAGGGGAUUUUUCAGGAAUGUCUUGAUGAUGUCCCAACAGAAGCUGUUAUAACCCAUGGAGAUUGUCAUAACAACAACUUCCUUUUUGAGUAUGAGGCGAAUGACAAGGACAACCCAAUCAGUGUAGCCAUCAUUGACUGGCAAUUAUCCGAAAUACACUCACCAGUGAUGGAUCUAUCAUACUUCUUAUAUUGUGUGGCACCCAAAGAGGCCUUGGCCAAACUCGAUGUCCUACUCAAAUACUAUCACGAACAUUUGACAAACUUCAUGAGGGAGUUGGGCUCAGAUACUGCUAAAUUGUUUCCAUAUCACACCUUGGUAAAACAUUGGAGAAAAUAUUCCAUUUUCACAUUCACCUUCCUUGUGGGUGUACUAAAGAUCAUUUAUGUUGAAAAAGAUCAUGCCCCGCCCACUGAGGGAUUUCAGGAUAUGGAGAAAAUGUUCAAGGGGAUGAAAUUGACAAACGAAGCUGUGUAUAGGGAGAGGCUAAUAUCAGUCGUGGACCACUUUUUCAACUUUAUACUGAAUUGACAGUAGCAGAAAGGUGUACGAGAUGAUUCGCUCGUAGUUUAAAUGAUAUUCUACUUAUUGUAGAUAUAAAUACAUUUAUUCAUAGUAAAUUUAUCUAUAGAAAAUAUAUA